AUGAACGAGACGUUAGGUCGCGGGUAUGCCCGCAUUGAAGCGAUCCGCGCGGCUAGGGGAGAGCUGGCUAACAUGGCAGACCCUGCCGCUCCUCCACCUGACAGGUACAACUCUGUCUAUCUCACGCUGUUCGUCGCAGGCGCAGCUUUCCUACUACCAUUUAAUAGUUUCAUCAUGGCGGUGGAUUACUUUCAGCAUCACUAUCCGAACACGACGAUCAUGUUCGAUAUGUCUACGGUGUACAUCGCCUCGGCCUGCGUCGCCGUCGUUACCAACAACUUGUUGUUAGACUUGUUUACUUACAACACUAGGAUCACUUUUGGUAUUUUAGUCUCGCUAGCUACGAUGUUGUUUGUAGCCGUCUGCAACAUAGGCUGGGACGGGUUUUCUACGAGGGUCUCGUACACCAUCAACCUGGUGGCUAUUGGAGUGGUGGCGUUUGGUUGCACUGUGCAACAGGCCUCGUACUACGGAUUCACUGGCUGCCUACCUCCGCGGUAUACCCAGGCCGUGAUGGCUGGAGAAAGCGCGGCUGGUUUCUGGGUGUCACUCGACCGAAUCGUAACCAAAUAUGGGUUUCGGCAACCUCGACGAAGCACGUUUAUGUUCUUCGUGUUCUCCAUCCUCAUCCUCCUGGGCCACUCCAUGCUACAUCAUGUGAUGAUGCGCCACCCACUGGUACAACACUACUUACGGCUCACCAACGAAUCGAGACAUCGACGACGUAUCCAACUACACUUGAAUCCUAAUGAAGAUGCCACUUUGAUGGAAAGCGAAGCAGGUGAACCAAGUUACGGUGUAUUAAAAAUACAAAGCCCAGCUUCUACUGUAGGUCAAGGUGAAGCAGAUACAAGCGCCUUCAGUUUCGCCAACCCCGUAUACUCGCCCACUGCGACGGGUGCGCCCGCGCCGCUCGCGUCGCCGCCGCCCAGCGCCUCUGAACCCACAGCGUCCCCCUCUGCACUCCGCACUCCUCGCCCCUCUUACAAAGUUGAAGAUGUUGUCUUCGAAUCCCCAGAAAGGCCUACCUCGUGGAGAGCUUUCAAACGUGGCGUAUUAGCUCGUUGGGCAGUAGCUCGAGCCAUCUACCCGUACAUGGUGUCGAUAGGCCUGGUGUACUUCACCACCCUAAGCCUGUACCCUGGCAUAGCGUCCGAGGUGCCUUCAUGCAGACUCGGCUCCUGGAUGCCUAUCAUCCUCAUGUCCGCAUUCAACUUCUUUGAUUUCAUUGGCAAGAUAGCAGCGGCGUGGCCGUAUGAGUGGAGUCGUAGUCAGUUGUUGAUGGCGAGUGGACUGCGGCUGCUGCUAGUGCCCCUACUCCUGUUAUGUGCUGCUCCUCGACACUCGCCACAUAUCGUCGGUGACGUGUACCCCAUAAUGUUUUCUGUCGUCCUGGGUUUCACCAACGGUCUGUUUGGGUCAGUGCCAAUGAUAAUGGCGCCAUCACGCGUCGGCCGCGAGCAUCGAGAGAUAGCAGGUAAUAUGAUGACUUUAUCAUACAACGGUGGUUUACUGUCCGGGUCCCUGGUAUCUUACUUAUUGUUAAGCAUGUUAGGCGAGCCCGCGGGAGCGCCGUGUCGCUUAUACCCGACUCCACCACUCCCCACACUACCGCCAGUGACAACCGUUGCUACGAACCUCACUUCUCUACUGCAUUAGACUAUAAAAACAGAAAAACUGUUGAGAAUUGACCUCUGGGGGCGAUAAAACUCCAUAUUUAACAAAAAAAU